UGUGGUCAUGUGAUUGCUCGUAACAAUAAAGCUCCGCGGAGCAGAGCCACCCGCACGUUUGAGUCUCAACAAUGGGCCUGACAGAAGCAUCGUUAAGUGUGUCGCUCUUGCUCGCCGUUAUCGUCAAUAAAGGGUUCCCCAGUCCCCUGGUGGGCAAGGAAGCCUGGGACUAUGUGGAAGUGAGAGACGGGGCCCACAUGUUCUAUUGGCUGUAUUAUGCUGACAGCCAGUCCGCUGGAUACAGGGACCUGCCUCUGAUCAUGUGGCUGCAGGGUGGACCAGGAGGAUCAGGAAGUGGCUUUGGGAACUUUGAAGAGAUUGGACCGUUGAACAGCGACCUAAAGCCCAGAAACACAAGCUGGGUACAGGCAGCCAGUGUGUUAUUUGUAGACAACCCCGUGGGCACUGGCUUUAGCUACACCGACAGGCCUGACGGCUAUGCUACCAAUGUGGCCAUGGUGGCCUCCGACAUGCUGGUGCUGCUCAAACACUUCUUUACUGAGAACGCUGAGUUCCAGAGCAUCCCCUUUUAUAUCUUCUCUGAGUCAUAUGGGGGGAAGAUGGCAGCUGCUAUCUCCUUGGAACUCAUCAAGGCCAUAGCACAAGGAACACUGAAAUGCAGCUUUGCUGGUGUGGCACUUGGAGACUCAUGGAUUUCCCCAGUGGACUCUGUCAUGACAUGGGGACCAUACCUCUACACUACUUCGCUGCUGGAUGAUUAUGGCCUGGCGAACGUCAACAAUGCCGCGAAGGAGGUGAAGCAGGCUGUGGAUCAGCAACAGUUUCAAAAAGCCACUGAGCUGUGGUCUGAGGCUGAAACUGUGGUGGAUAAGAACACCAACGGAGUCAACUUCUACAACAUCCUCACAAAGGAAGCGGAUGACAAACUCACCUCUUCAGCAGGAGUGAACUUCAUUGCUCUGCAGGCACGACGCCACGUCCGUCCCCUCCACAGGCAAUCACUGAGUGCACUGAUGAAUGGACCAAUCAGAGAGAAACUGGGUAUCAUUCCCCAGAAUGUCACCUGGGGAGGCCAGGCAAAUGAUGUGUUCAGCAACAUGGCAGGAGAUUUCAUGAGGCCAGUGGUGGACAUAGUAAACAAGCUGCUGAACGCUGGAGUCAACGUCACUGUCUACAAUGGACAGCUGGACCUCAUAGUGGACACCAUGGGUCAGGAGCUAUGGUUGAAGCAGCUGAAGUGGGAGGGGAUACCUGGAUUUAACAAGCUGAGGUGGACUCCCCUGUAUGACCCCAUCUCCCCAGGCAUUACUGGAGCCUUCUACAAGACUUAUAAGAACUUUGCCUUCUACUGGAUCCUCAGAGCUGGUCACAUGAUUCCCUCAGACCAGGGACCUAUGGCCUUGCAGAUGAUGAAGAUGAUCACCCAGCAAGUCUGAUCCCCCCACUCUGAUGCCAGCUGGAACGGCUCUGACAAUCACAAUAAUCACAUGACCUUUUUAUAAUUCACUUUCUGCUAAACCAAAUUAAAAAUCUUAGUCCUCCUUGAUUACAACAAAGACCUGUGUACAUUUCAGCUGUAACACCGAUAAAGACUGUUUCUUUUUUC